GAAAGAGAAAAGUCAGGUUCACUCUCCCCCUCAGGCAACACUGUCUCUUAGGCUUCACUCUUUGAAGCUUUCCUCCUGAGCGACUGCGUGCGUCUGGAGCUCACUUAACCCUCAGGACUAGCGUGAACAUCUCAGCUAACUCACGGUCUCACCUGAGCAAAGACAGCAAGACGGGCUGUCAAACUCUCAGUGACUUUGAGAGCUCCCAGCUCAUGUGUGUCGUGGUGUCAUGGCAUGGGACUGUGGCCUGAGGUAUGUGUUUUCUGUGUCCCCUGCGCUGCAGCAUGGCCCUGGAACUGCUACAGGAGAAAGAGAGGAUAUCAGCCGAUUGGAGAUGGUCCAGAGACUGGCCAAGGACGGAUGCCGCCUUCUACACAGCCCUCUCAAAGCUACCGAAAGGCCUGCUGAGCCCUCCAGUGACGCAGCAGUCCGUGUGUGUGAGAGAGAGCGGAGCCACGAGGUGCUGCUGCCUCAGAGGACGACGUCACCGAGAGCUCCCCCCUUCUCCUCCUGGACCGGGAGGUGCGCUGCCGUGCCCGCCGCCCCUGAAAAGGUUCUAGAGCAUCUGCUGGGCCACCUGAGGCUGGAUGAGGAGCAGAAGAGCCCCCAGAGCAGAGAGACAGAUAAUCUAUUGGAUGACUUCCUGCUGACGUACCCUGUGUUCAUGUCCACCAGUGACCUGUGCCAAGCACUACUCGGUCACUAUUGUUCAAAGAAAUGCAGGAUGAAAGAGGAGCGGAGAGACACUCUGCUUAGGAAACGAAAAGUGCUGCACCUGCUGUCCCAGUGGAGCUCGCUGUGCACAGACCUGCCCCGGGACAACGAGCACGCCAAGCUAUUCCUCAAGACUCUGUACAGAUACGUUCUGGAUGAUCUCUAUGAGUUUCCCUCACUGGAGAAGGAUCUAAAAGAACUUCAGAAACUUCUACGGAUGCAAAGGAGACACACGGUAGAUGAAUACUCUCCGCAAAGGAAGAAUAAAGCUCUCUUCCAUCAGCUGAGUCUAAAGGAGAACUGGCACCCUGUGAGAGGAGCUCAGAGGGAGAUGAAGGAAGUGCUGUGUCGUGUGUAUUUGAACAUAGACUCAUACAUGAGUGUGAGGACCCACAGUGAGGUGUCCGUGCAGGAACUGUUGAGCACUGUGGCUGAAAGGUUCGACUGUGCUGAAGACGACAUGGUGCUGAUGGCCGUCACAUAUCCUGGAGAGAAGGUUCUGCUUCAGUCAGAUCAGUGUGUGUUCUCGUCUUCACUUAGUGCCGCUGAGAGGCUGCACGUCUGCAGAAGAGACCUGACGGAGAUCGUGAGUCCCUUCACUGAUAACAGGCAGCAGAGCUCAGUGAAGAUGCUGAGCAUGAACACGUGGGAUGUAGCCGUGUCGCUCACCAACUGUGACUGGAGUCUCUUUAGUAUCGUGCAUGAGCAAGAGCUGGUAUACUUUACACUGAGCCGAGACGUGAGCGCCGGCCACACGAUGGCGCUGGAGCAGCUGUUGCAGCGCUGCAAUGAGACUCAGCAGUGGGUGAUGACUGAAGUGCUCCUGUGCCCAAACCUCUGCAAACGUGUGCAGCUCUUCAAGAAAUUCAUCAAGAUUGCAGCACACUGUAAAGAACAGAGGAACCUGAGCUCAUUCUUUUCCAUCAUUAUGGGACUGAACAGUCCUGCUGUCAGUCGACUCACUCAGACAUGGGAGAAAGUCCCUGGGAAGUUCAGGAAGUUGUUCUCCGAGCUGGAGAGCUUGAUGGACCCUUCUUUAAAUCACAAAGCCUACAGAGAUGCCUUCAGGAAGAUGAAGCCUCCCAAGAUCCCUUUCCUGCCUCUUCUUCUGAAAGAUAUUACCUUCAUUCACGAGGGCAACAGAACAUUUCUUGACAACCUAGUCAACUUUGAUAAACUACACAUGAUAGCAGACACAUUGCGCAUUAUCAGCCAGUGUCGGACAGAUCACAUGGGGUAUAGGUGUCCAUCAGGAAACAUGCUGUCGCAGAAGGACAGCAUAGAAGUGAGAACAUACAUCAGUUACCUGCACGUCAUCGACAAUCAACAGACUCUGUUUGAGCUCUCACACAGACUUGAGCCCAGGACAUAAAUGAUGGAAGGACAUGAUGUAUCCUAAAUCCACUUCAGAAGACAGGACAGCAUCCUUCUAACUGAAGGCUGUGAUGAGUGAGUCCUCCACUAGAGAGAGACACACUCACACACACUAACCACACAGGAUAGAACAGUAUUGCACAGCCAAAGAAGCAUCCGCCAAUUCAACAGUGUGAAAGGAACAAAGAAGCUGAAUCAUGCAAGACUGUGAAAUAGAAAACUGGCUUCUGAAACAGGAAGAAUUUACAGAACUGUUAUAACAGGAAACAUCACAGUGGAUCCAGUAUUCUGUUUGUUACAGUACAGAAACAUCACGUUGGGAAUUCAGAUGUUUUCAUACACACUUUCACUCUGUAGUGUAGGGCAGAUUUUAUGAGAAAAUAAUAGACCCAUCAUUAUUCCUACGUAGUCCAAUUAAUCUGCAAUGUGAGGUACAUGCACAAAUCACAAAACAAUGUGAUGCCUUGAUCAUGACCAACAAACAGUUUAUAGACAAUCAGAAAAAUAUUCCAAGGCAGCACACUGUAUUUUAGCUGCAGAAUUGCUACCAGAAGCAGGAAGUAGAAGUCUAGCAGAUUUUAAGAUAAAUAAUUGGUUUUAAAUUAUGGAUGUAUUUUAUUGGAAAGGCCAUACUGAAAAUAACUGAGCAGUGGUUCUUACACUAGAUGGUGCUUAAAAAAAGCUAAUAUGUAGAUUUCUUGUAUAAGUUGUAGUUGGACUUGUGAGACAUUGAGCUAUUUAUUACACAACAAGCUUGUCCCUGAUUCAGGAGGGAAAACAAAACAGGUUUUACAUGCAAAGAAAAUCUGUAAUUGACUGUAAAUGUAAUCAGAUGGUCUGAAGGAUUUGGUGACACCAUUGAUUGACCAAUUUUAUAAAGCCUGUGAACUCUGUAAAUACUAAGACUUAAAAUAAAUAAAUAUAAUAAUAAUAAACAGGCUAUACAGCAAUAGCAAGGUGUACAUCUCACCCUCAGAGAGAAAAAAAAAUGUUAGCAGUGAUUGACUGUAGCUGCGGUUUGCACAAGUUUUCUUCACUAAG